AUGCCUCUUGUGGCGAGCUACCAAUAUGAGCGGCGAGGCAAAACCGGAGGCAAGGCCAGGGCGAAGGCAAAGACACGUUCAUCCCGUGCCGGGCUCCAGUUCCCCGUGGGCCGUGUGCACAGGCUGCUGCGCAAAGGCAACUACGCCGAGCGUGUGGGCGCUGGCGCACCAGUCUACCUGGCCGCAGUGCUCGAGUACCUGACCGCUGAGAUCCUGGAGUUGGCCGGAAACGCUGCCCGUGACAACAAGAAGACUCGUAUCAUCCCCCGUCACCUGCAGCUGGCAGUCCGUAACGACGAGGAGCUGAACAAACUGCUUGGCGGCGUGACCAUCGCUCAGGGUGGUGUUCUGCCCAACAUCCAGGCAGUGCUGCUCCCCAAGAAGACUGAGAAAGCCGUCAAAGCCAAGUAAAAUCGCUGGUGCGGCUGCAACUUGACUACUCAACCCCCAAAGGCUCUUUUAAGAGCCAACCACCUAGCUCAGCAAAAGCGCAAAGUGUCCUUUCUGUGCCUGGCCAACUAUUGGGCGUGUUUGUUAGAUACACACACAUAUACACGGCACCGUAUCAUGAGACCUAAAUGAAGAAUAACAACUACUAGGCUAGAAUGAGAGGGCAAAAUAUUGCGCGUAAAGUGUAACGUUGCUCGCUGCCCUAACAAAAGACCCAAGCGCGCCUCGGCGAGG